GAUGUCAAAACGAGGGGCGGUCCCUACUGGCGGGGCGGUUGGGAGGCGCAGGGAGAGUCUUUUCAGCGCUGAGGACUGGCGCUGAGGAGGCGGCGGUGGCUCCCGGGGCGUUUGAGCGGGCUCAUCCGAGCCCGCGGGCCAACGCGGAUCCCGGCCCGACCGGCGGCACCGCCCCGGACUCCCCGCGGGCCUUCCUAGCCGCCAUGGAGGACGGCGUGUACGAACCCCCAGACCUGACUCCGGAGGAGCGGAUGGAGCUGGAGAACAUCCGCCGGAGGAAGCAGGAGCUGCUGGUGGAGAUCCAGCGCCUGCGGGAGGAGCUUAGUGAAGCCAUGAGUGAGGUGGAGGGUCUGGAGGCCAAUGAGGGCAGUAAGACCCUACAGCGGAACCGGAAGAUGGCCAUGGGCAGGAAGAAGUUCAACAUGGACCCCAAGAAGGGCAUCCAGUUCUUGGUAGAGAAUGAACUUCUACAGAACACACCCGAGGAGAUCGCCCGCUUUCUGUACAAGGGCGAGGGACUGAACAAGACGGCCAUUGGGGACUACCUGGGGGAGAGGGAAGAGCUGAACCUGGCGGUGCUGCACGCCUUUGUGGAUCUGCACGAGUUCACCGACCUCAAUCUGGUCCAGGCCCUUAGGCAAUUUCUGUGGAGCUUCCGCCUCCCCGGAGAGGCCCAGAAGAUUGACCGGAUGAUGGAGGCCUUCGCCCAGCGAUACUGCCUGUGCAACCCUGGAGUUUUCCAGUCCACAGACACCUGCUACGUGCUGUCCUUCGCCGUCAUCAUGCUGAACACCAGCCUGCACAAUCCCAAUGUCCGGGACAAGCCGGGCCUGGAGCGCUUCGUGGCCAUGAACCGGGGCAUCAACGAGGGCGGGGACCUGCCAGAGGAGCUGCUCAGGAACCUCUACGACAGCAUUCGAAACGAGCCCUUCAAGAUUCCUGAGGACGACGGCAAUGACCUGACCCACACCUUCUUCAACCCGGACCGAGAGGGCUGGCUCCUCAAGCUGGGGGGCCGGGUGAAGACGUGGAAGCGGCGCUGGUUCAUCCUCACUGACAACUGCCUCUACUAUUUUGAGUACACGACGGACAAGGAGCCCCGCGGAAUCAUCCCUCUGGAGAAUCUGAGCAUCCGAGAAGUGGAUGACCCCCGGAAACCGAACUGCUUUGAGCUUUACAUCCCCAACAACAAGGGGCAGCUCAUCAAAGCCUGCAAAACGGAGGCCGACGGGCGGGUGGUCGAGGGUAACCACAUGGUCUACCGGAUCUCCGCCCCCACGCAGGAAGAGAAGGACGAGUGGAUCAAAUCCAUCCAGGCAGCUGUGAGCGUGGACCCUUUCUACGAGAUGCUGGCGGCGAGGAAGAAGAGGAUUUCGGUCAAGAAGAAGCAGGAGCAGCCCUGACCCCCUGCCCCUACUCCAUUAUUUAUUGCAGAGCUGCCCCGCCCGGGUGGCCGGACCCCUGGGCCUGGGGCUGUGGAUCAUGGAUCCCGGUUCCUGUUUGGAAAAUUCACCACCUGGCGCUCCUCUCUCAUUAUUUGUAAUUAACGCUGUUGGUAAUAUUAUUUAACCCCUUGUGGCCUGUGGACCCCCUCAUUUCUUGGGGUUGACAGAGUUGAGGUGCUCGGUGGAGCCAGCCAGCUGGCCAUCCCCUUGAUGAGCUGCUGGCGCUGCCCCUUGGUCCUCAGGGGACUCUGGUGCGUCAGUUGUGGGGCUGCAGUGAAACAAGACGUUUAAUGUGGACAGAGCUAAUGUUGAGUAGAGCUGCUGCUUGGGGACAUGGUGUAGAAGGUUCCUGGACCUCAGACGUAUGCCUGCUGUGCGCCAAGCUGACAGCCGUGGGCCAGGCAGAUGGUCUUCCCCACUCAUGCUCUUAAGGGGCUUGUGGCCUUUGAGGGGGCCUGGUGUCUGCUGGGGCGUGAGUGUGCUCAGUGCUUUGAGGGCUGACCGCUCCCCGGGAGGCUCGGGAAUGAGGAGUCUAAAGGGAGAGGGCCCUGCUGACCAAAUAUCCCUGGUCAGGGCCCGGGUGCAGCAGUGGUGCCACUCUAGUCCGAGGCAGGCUGGGGCCCACAGGGCAAUGGGGCCAGUUCUCCCAUGAGAGGAUGCUUCACCCCAAGGACAGGGUCAGGAACCUGUGUUUUCCACAUCCUACCCCCGCCCCUUUCCGGGUAAUCUGACAGCCUCAGAAGUGUGGGGAUUGCCUUCUUUGACGGUGGGUCCUGGGAGGAGCUCCAGUGCGGGCCUGUUCCCUCCACCCUCCAGUUUGAGGCAGUCAUUGUGUCCCCAAAGGAAGAGGAAUCUGGUAGGGGCGUGUUGGGAUUCUCCCAGUUUUGGAGCCUUGUGACUAGAAGACACUACAACUCCCGGCAGCCCCCGAGACCAAGACACCUGUGAGAGAGCAGCCUGCCGCCCGUGUGUCCGACUGGUGCCCUCGAGGAACUGACCCCUUCACUGCUGAGCACUCGCUGUGGGAAGAAGAGCGUCCCGAAACUCGUACCUUGACCGCAGGCAGCCGCCGGCGUGAAGCUCCGCGUGGUGCAAAACAACAUAGCCAUCCUCGAAGGCUUCCCCCUCACCCCAUGCGGUGAGAUCGCCUCGGACUGCAAUUCCCAACAAGCUGUGCGGCGCUGGCCACCUCACUGGCGGGAGAGCCGGUCUCCAGGUCUCUUGGGAGUUGUAGUUUCUCACGACUCCACCGUCGUGUUUGCCUUGAUCUGGCCUGGCUUUCUGAGGGUUAGGAAAGGUCGUCUGGCUCCUUCAACCCCCGGGGGCUGGUGGGAAAUGGAGUUCCCAAAUAAGGAAACGGAAUUCCCAGCUUCUCCCAAAGGUGCCAGAGAAAUCGUGUCAUCAGGCCCCGGGAGAUCAUGAGGAAUGAGGUGCCUGGGUAAAUUGAGGGCGGCCCCAGCACCAGCCUCCCUGUGCCGCCCUCCUCGGCUGAGUAGUGAGCGCCUGCACCUGGAGAAAGCCGGCUCUCGGCACGUGGGGAUGAGCGUUCCAGGCAGAGGGAACAGCAUGUGCGGAGGACUCAUAACAGGCGAAGGCUCCAUGGCCGGGAGGAACCGACAGCGGCUGGGGGUGAAAGGGAGGAGGUGAGGGCGGCAGGGAGGCCCAAGCCCGAUGGUUUGGGGCCUGGGGGGCCAUGGCAGGGACCUGGGUUGUAUUAGGGCGGAUGAGAAGUCAGGCCAGUGCGGGACUGAGGUUAUAGGGAGGUGUCUCUGGCUGGUAUGGAAUAGUUGGGAGGUGAGAAGUGGAAGCGGGGUUGGCCCAGGAGGCGGUUGCAGGCAUCCAGGUGCAAGAGGGGGUGGCCGUGGAGGUGGCCAGACUGGACCCAGGGGAGCCUUUGAGGGAGGAGCCACAGGACUUGCCGAGGGCUGGGUCAAGAACUUGAGAAUUCUGACUUGAGCAACUGGUGAAGGGAGUUGCCAUUCACUGAGAUGGGCAAAGGGAAAUUUGGGGGGAGAAAAAAUUUCAAUGCUUCUGUUUCGGCCAAAAUAAACUGAAGAUUGCUGUGGUA